AUGGCGGCCAGCAGGAAUGCGCCGCCUCCGCAGGAACGCACCGAUCUGGUGGCCUAUUGGAGCGUGCCCCUGCUCGACGGGGUUCAUACCGUGGAGUUCGAACACGGGACCACAACGGGGAAAAGGGUGCUCAGGAUUGAUGGUAAUGAAAUUUUCCGGAGAGACUGGAUGUUCAAACUUGUGGGCGAUGAACAAUUUACUUUAGGGAAACAAAGGGCCCAAUGCGAAUUAAGAGUUGAUCCGUUGCCACAUUUUUCAUUUUCUUAUAGUCUUUAUGUCGAUGGAAAACCGUUGGAAAAAUUCACGGAAAAACAAGUACAAACUAUCAGAUCUUGGGCUGUUUUAGUAGCUGGCAAACGGUUUAGAGUCGUUUUUGAAAAACAGGCGCUGAAUAUUUGGGUAAAUGGGCAUAAUAUAGAGGCAGAAAAUGUAUUCGUGAGUGAUGGAACGGAAAUGAGGUUUGAACUAGAAACAUCACAAUUGUGA